AUGUCACGGCAGCCAUGGCUCCGACGGCUUUGGCUCCUGGCCCUCACUGGCCUGGCGCUGGCGGAGCCACUGGUGUCGUGUGAGGCAGACGCAGCGGACUGGGAAGAGUGUCUUCCCGAAGAAGAUACGCUGCUGCUACAAGUGGGAGUUCGAGUGUUUCCGGUGAACUCCAGCGAAAUUCUUCUGCCGGGCAACGUGAGUCUUUUCACCCAACAGACGCUGCGGCGGAGUGUCUUGGAGAGUGGAGUGAAAUUCGGACCCAAGACCAGCGCUGCAUUGUUUCUUUUGCUUAGCUGUACCUUCGGCUUUGCGUGUCUCUGUGGAAAUGCCAAGCCGUUCAUUACAGCUCCGUAUUCAGAAUUUCCCGAAGAAGAGGAAAGUGAAGAGGUGCGGCAGCAGUCGUUGCUGGCAUGCUACUUCGUGGUCUUUAUGGAUGCUUUCGGCUUUGGAGUCUACGCACCCUUUGUGCCGGUCCUGGCCAAGACCUUCUCGUUGCAAGCGCAUGAUAUUGGCAUGGCGCUCGCGGCGUUUUCCUUGGCGCAAGCACUGAACACGCCCAUCCUGGGCUAUUUGUCGGACCGCUUCGGUCGACGCCCGGUUCUCUUGGUGGCGCUGGCGGCGGAAUCUCUAGCAUAUUUGAUCCUCAGCGUAGCCGAAAGCUUCACCUGUUUGAUGGUCGGCUACAUCUUUGCUGGGGCCUUCUGCGCUACCAUAGGUGUGUGCAAUGCGUACAUCGCCCAAGUCUCAGCGGAGGAGGGGCCACCGGAGGUCUCGGCGCCCCUGGCGUCACAACUGACAGCGGAAUGUGGCGCCGUGAACUUGGUGGCCAACGAAAGAUCCAGGCAGAGCACCUGGGCCAAGGAAUACGCGGAUCCCUGGAUGCUUUUGGCGAACGCGCUGGGAGUGGUGGGCUAUCAGAUCGUCUCCAUGUUUCUUGUGGCCUACCAGGUUCUAUGGAGGCGUCGCUACAUCAUGGAAUGCUGGCAAGAGCUCUCGACCUUUGAGCUAUGGAUGUGUGAGUACACCAAAGCCUACACACGCUUCUUCCCCUUGGUGGCCAUUCUCAUCUCCAUGAGCUUGGUUAGAAGUAUGAUUUUGAUUCAGCGCAUGUACUACGAGCUGUUGCACCAUGGAGCGAUCCUGCGAUUCAAGGAGUAUCAGGCCAAGAAUGAGCCUCUCUUCUAUGUGUUGACGAUUUGUUUGCUGCACGCUGUGUCAAACUUUCUGAUGGACACGUUAACGCCCAGACUGGGCGGCCGAAACUUCGAACUGCUGGAGGGAACCCGCGGCUGGUUCGUGUACUUGGUGAUUCCAAUCGCCACCUUCGUUUGCUCGAUGUAUUUUGCGCACGAGCCCAGUUACAACUUAGUUCCCUUGAGUCGCUACGUGCAUGGCGAAUCCAAGAAAGAUGAGGAGGCAGCGCAAGAGGAACUGAAGAAGCUCGUUUACAUCGACGAGGAGCACGUGCAAGCCAUUUGCCAUCACUUCGAGGUCAAGCCCUGCAAGAGCGCUGCGGAAACGGCUCAGGUCUACCAGGAGCUGAUUCGGGCGGCCAAAGAUUUCUGCGACAGCGGCCAUGUCAUCGUGGGCCACGAGGAGCUGACGAAGAAGUUGACGUCGUCCCAGAUCACCGAUCGGUUUUGGCCUGCGCGGUUUCUAUUUCAACCUGCACUCCAAGACGAAGCGAGUUUGCUCUUCCGACGGGUCAGUAGGUCCUAUGACCUCUGCUGUGUGCUUGUAGCGAGUUUCUGCGUGUGGCUCUUCGCGGAUUGUGCCUACGCUGAUAUCCUCGAUGUGGCCAAUGGCCAGGAGGAGGACCUUGCAGCACUGCUAGUGGAGGCUGCGCAUUUGGCUUUUGGCCUUUUCUACAUCGCCCAGAUCCUUCGCAGCACUCGCUGA